AAAUGCAUUUUGGAAAGUAAUUCUAAACAACUUGCAGCGGUGACUUCUGUCAUCACACUUCUCAAUUCCCACUCUCUCUCUGUCUCUCUGCUUCUUCUCCCUCACCGCAUGAUACAGGUUUUGCAGUUUGAUUUUUUCGCAUAAAGCUUUUUCCUUUGCAGCAGGAUAUUCUUCUUCUUGUGAUCAUAUGAAGAAGAAAAAGAAGAUGAGGAGUGGUAUUGAUGGUGUAAAUGCUGCCUUGAGCUCUGAUGACAUCCUAUGCGAGAUCCUCCUUCGGGUGCCACCAGAAACUGUUUUUAGUUUAAUCAUAGUAUCGAAGAGGUGGCUUCAUGUUAUCUGCAGCUCUGUUUUUUGUCACCAUUAUCUGAGACGAUGGCCACUGGCUUUUCGCAUGUUGGGCUUCUUUGUGUGCAAUAAUUUGUACCUUGGGAGAGGUCAAAAUGGUGUGCGCCGACCACGAACAGAACCUGCUAUGCCAUUAUUGUCAACUUGUAAAGAGGGUGAUGACUUGAAGUUCUCUAAGACCCUCAAGCAGUAUGGCUACUUCAUUGACUCUUCCAAUGGCCUUCUUCUUUGCGGUCGCCACCCAAAGAGAUAUUUUGUUUGGAAUCCCAUUACCAAACAACACUACAAAAUUCCUAAGCCCCGGGUAUACUUUGAAGACUUGUGCAUGGCAUUCCUUGCCGAGGACCAUCCUAGUGUCGAUAUGUGCUACAAGGUCAUUCGUGCAAAAUGUGAUUUCAGUCUUGAUGAAGAAAUGAAAACUGUCCCCAUUGAGACUUUCAAUUCCAAGACUAGUACAUGGAAUUUUUCCACAUUGACCUGUGUUCCAUCUUUGUCACUAUGUCCUUGGUCAGUAGCCACUGUGGUGAAAGGUGUUGUUCACUGGUAUGCAGCACAGAGAAACUUAGCAAUCUAUGAUCCUCAUAAUGGUGAGAGGCGCUUAUCUUCGAUUAAACUACCAGGCUCAAUUGAUUUUGAGGAGCGUGUUCUGGGGGAGUCCUUUGACGGGCGGUUGCAGUAUGGUUGGAGCUGUAAGUCAGGGUUAGAGAUAUGGGUUCUUGAAAAGGAAGAAGCUGGCCAUGCAACGACUCCCUCAGAUGAUGGAUAUCCAAACAAAGGCUGGAACUUGAGAUAUAGAUUGAACUUCAAAACAAUGUGGAAGAAGAAUCCCACAUUCAUGACAAAAUCUUGCUUGCGAGACAAAGAAACUCAGAUAUUGUCAUUUCUUCACCGAAACUCCAAAUCAGUCUGCAUCAGAUCUGGUCCAGACAUAUUUCUCUUGCACCUUGGGAACCAGAAGGUUGAAGCUGUUCUUUAUAAUGGUCGUGGCUCUUCCAUUUCAUGGGAUUUCAGCAGAGUGGCACCGUACUUUCGGCCAGAUUGGCCUCAUUCUUCUUUAUGCCUCCCUGGAAAGAGCAUGACAUGAUCAGGUACUUCUUUGACAAAGUAGUUUGUAAAUAUGGUAUAUGUAAUACCUAGAGGCAGUUUUGUCUAUCUAGCAGCUGCAUGUAUUUAACUAAUGAUUGCAUAGGCAGUGCAGACUUGAGGGUUUUCUUUUGUUAUCGUACUUCUAUGUGUGCCUGACUGUUUCUGUGGAUGUUAUGUGCAUCUAUCUUACCACACUGGUAGCUGUGGUUCUAUUUCCUUUUCAA